AUGAAACCUGCCCCCCCAGACCCAAAGAAAGGAGAAUCUGGCCCCCCCGAUCCAAAGAAAGAAUCUGGUCCCCCGGACCCAAAGAAAGAACCUGCCCCCCCAGAUCCAAAGAAAGAAUCUGGCCCCCCAGAUCCAAAGAAAGAACCUGUACCCCCAGAUUCAAAGAAAGAAUCUGGCCCCCCAGAUCCAAAGAAAGAACCUGUACCCCCAGAUUCAAAGAAAGAACCUGCACCCCCAGAUUCAAAGAAGGAACCUGUCCUCCCAGAUCCAAAGAAAGAACCUGUACCCCCAGAUCCAAAGAAAGAACCUGCACCCCCAGAUUCAAAGAAGGAACCUGUCCCCCCAGAUCCAAAGAAGGAAACUGCCUCCCCAGACUCAAAGAAAGAAUCUGGCCCCCCAGACUCAAAGAAAGAAUCUGGCCCCCCAGAUCCAAAGAAAGAACCUGCCCCCCCAGAUCCAAAGAAAGAAUCUGGCCCCCCAGAUCCAAAGAAAGAAUCUGGCCCCCCAGACUCAAAGAAAGAAUCUGGCCCCCCAGAUCCAAAGAAAGAAUCUGGCCCCCCAGAUCCAAAGAAAGAACCUGCCCCCCCAGAUCCAAAGAAAGAAUCUGGCCCCCCAGAUCCAAAGAAGGAACCUGCCCCCCUAGCCUCAAAGAAAGAAGAACCUGCCCCCGCAAACCCAAAGAAAGAAUCUGGCCCCCCAGAUCCAAAGAAAGGAUCUGGUCCACCCACCAUGAAGAAAGGUGCCCCAGAGAAAGGGAAAGGUGGCCUGGCCCAGCCCUCAACUACCAGCCAGGGCCCCGAGGGAGAAGGCGACGUGGGCAGUGCUGGGCAGCCAGCAGCCCUGCCCCAGCAGACCCAGACGGCUGAGGCCAGUGUCCAGAAGCCCAGCAACAACGAUAACCAGGAGGCCUCGGGCAGCCAGGAUCCUGGGGAGCCCAAGGAGCGAAAGAAGGCCACAGAGAGCCAAGCAGCGGCCAGGAGGGGCUCACCAGCCUUUCUGCAUUGCCCCAGCUGCCCUGCUGCCAUCGCCAGCCCAGAGAAGCCGCUGGCUGAGAAGCCCCCAAAUGAGGCAUCGGAGCUCAUCUUUGAAGGGGUGCCCGUGACCCCCAGCCCCCCAGAUCCCGUGCCAGCCAAAGCAGCAGAAGGAGGGGAAAACAUCCCGCGAGGCAGCCAGCAGGAAGCAGGAGAGAAGGCUUCGGGCCAGGCUGAGGUGGAAGGGGACACCUCGAGGGGGAUCGAGUUCCAGGCUGUGCCCCCGGAGAGAUGGGAGGUGGGGCAGCCCCUCUGUCUCACAGCCAGGGAGGAGGACUGCUUCCAGAUCUUGGACGAUUGCCCGCCACCCCCGGCCCCCUUCCCGCACCGCAUCGUGGAGCUGAGGACCGGGAAUGUCAGCAGUCAGUUCAGCAUGAACUCCAAGGAGACGCUGGGCGGCGGCAAGUUUGGAGCCGUCUGCACCUGUACAGAGAAAGCCACCGGCCUCAAGUUGGCAGCCAAGGUCAUCAAGAAACAGACACCCAAAGACAAGGAAAUGGUGAUGCUUGAGAUCGAGGUUAUGAACCAGCUCAACCACCGCAAUCUGAUCCAGCUCUACGCAGCCAUCGAGACCCCACAUGACAUCAUCCUGUUCUUGGAGUACAUCGAGGGCGGCGAGCUCUUCGAGAGGAUCGUGGACGAGGACUACCAGCUGACCGAGGUGGACACCAUGGUGUUUGUCAGGCAGAUCUGCGACGGGAUCCUCUUCAUGCAUGAGAUGCAGGUUCUGCACCUGGACCUCAAGCCAGAGAACAUCCUGUGUGUCAACAACACCGGCCAUUUGGUGAAGAUCAUUGACUUCGGCCUGGCACGGAGGUAUAACCCCAACGAGAAGCUGAAGGUGAAUUUUGGGACCCCAGAGUUCCUGUCUCCUGAGGUGGUGAAUUACGACCAAAUCUCCGACAAGACAGACAUGUGGAGUAUGGGGGUCAUCACCUACAUGCUGCUGAGCGGCCUCUCCCCCUUCCUGGGAGAUGAUGACACAGAGACCCUAAACAAUGUCCUAGCUGCCAACUGGUACUUUGACGAGGAGACCUUCGAGGCUGUGUCAGAUGAGGCCAAAGACUUUGUCUCCCACCUCAUCGUCAAGGACCAGGGGGCCCGCAUGAGCGCUGCCCAGUGCCUCGCCCACCCCUGGCUCAACAACCUGGCAGAGAAAGCCAAGCGCUGUAAUCGACGCCUCAAGUCCCAGAUCUUGCUUAAGAAAUACCUCAUGAAGAGACGCUGGAAGAAAAACUUCAUUGCUGUCAGCGCUGCCAAUCGCUUCAAGAAGAUCAGCAGCUCAGGGGCACUGAUGGCUCUGGGGGUCUGAGCCCCAGAAGCGCCCGAGGCCUGGAUGCGGCUGCACGGUGGCCAGGGCUGAGGCCUCACAGCCCCGAAGGCCAGAGCAGAUGGCCAGACCCCAGGGUGGGCGGGCCAGGACAAGGCUGCGCCAGGCUGGGAGGCUCGGGGCUCCCCACGCCCCCACACAGUGACCGCUUCCCCGAUGAGAGCUGCCUCGGAUGUGGCCGGAAUCCAGCCCGCUAACGCCUCCCCCGACAGGCUCCGGCCCCUCAGCCACCGCCCAGAUGCCACAGGCCCGUUGUUCCCUCCCCGGCUCCCCCUGUGGAACUGUUGGCCUGGUGACCCCUGCUUGGCCCCACCCGGGCAUCCCCGGCCUGAGCUUGCUCUCAGCUGAAGUGGGCGGGCUGGGGUCCCAGGGUGUGGGAUUCCUGCGGUUGUGGACGGGAGGCUCUUGGUGGGGCAGGAAGGCAACGAAGUCCAUUCCUGAGGCCCAGCUGCCGGGAGACAGAGCAGGCUUUGUGAGAGGCUCCUCACGCCCCGCCUGCCUCCCUACACCCAACCGAUAAGGCCUAGCACACACCAUCUGGCCAGCUCCAGCUCCCACCCACCUUCCUUGCCGACCACCAACACACAGGAACUCCGAGUGAGAGAGAGGACGCCCAGGCCUGGCGGAGGGGGCAGGGAGCGGCCUGGGGGACACGGAAGACCACCCCCGGACUUGCCUGAGGGCCUCGCUGGCUCAACCCAGCCACUGUGGGCGCCCAUCCCUGCCACGUGGGCUUCAGAUGAUGGAGUCAGCAGGCCCCGGAGGAGUGCAAAGGCCGUGGGCAGCCCCCAACCUGCUCUCAGCUUGUGCCUUGUAAAUAAAUGUACAGGUUGG